UUCCCCGUUCAAAAUCUCUCCGACCGCCUUCUCCGUCUCCUCCUCGAUCUUCCACCAGGAGGUCGUGCAGGAAGUCUCUUUUGGCUGAGAUGGACGCCGGUGGUCCGGUUGAUGACAUGGGCCUCAUCGACAUGGACUGCGAAGGGGAUUCUCUUUUGCAAAUGGUGGAUUGCCAGCCAGAUCUAACCCUAAGUCAUGCAUUUUCUCCGGCAGCUGUUUCGUCGGAUAAGCAUGAUCUUCGGCUUAAGCUGGACGCUCUGAAGCCUCUACCAGGAGACAAUAGUAUUUGCCAAAGCAAAUGUUUAUCUCCUAAUGGUGAUGACAAGGAGAACCUGCCGAUGGUUAUGGAUGACAGCAUUGGAUCUUCACUUGUUUCUGAAGAUCCUCAGCAAGAAAAAAAGAGGAAAAAGGCCAAGGGAUUCAACAUACGCAAAAGCAUAGCCUGGCAUAGAGCUUUCUCCACUGAAGAAGGUGUUCUUGAUGCAUCAGAACUUUCCAUUUUCAAUUGUUCAUUCAGUCACUCUACCAAUGCUAAACUACCUACUGUAAAUGAGGUAGAGGAUACUAGCCAAGGUGGUGACAGCUUAGGCUCAUCAGAUCUUCAACCUAUUAAAGAGGAGAUUUCAAAUGAAUCACAUAAAAAAAAGCCACAGCUGCAGGAUAAAAAGCCAACGGUAUCAUCAUCUAUCAAAUCAACAUCCCUGAAAAUGAAAAAUGCUCCGGCUUUAAAUAAAACGAGUACAGCACGGAGAGUGGAUCAAAUUGGAGCUUGCUCACAACCACCACAUCCAAAUUCUCAGAGAAGCCAAAUACUUGGGAAAACAGUACGCUCUAUGUCAGGCACACAAAAGCAGAAAGUAGCAAAGCCAGGCUUGACCAUGAGUUCUACAAAUCCUACCCUUGAUGGAAAGCACCUAAAAAGCAUGGAUAAGGACACGGUUCAGAAACAUUUUGCUGCAAAAGGAAGAGCUGGAACCAAUAUCCAAGCUGCCCCUGGUCGGUCAACUAAACACCCAGGGAAAAGUUCAACAAGAAAUUUUUCUAUGAAAGCAAAGGACUCUGAAGAAAAAUCCAAGAAACCACAAAGUCGUCAAGGGCUAGGUAUAUCUAAGGCUUCAUCAAGAAUGAAAAAUGUAGAUAAUCAUAUAGAUAAAAAUGCUGGCCAGCUAUCAUCAGCAUCUAGUCCCUGUUCCUCUGUUGCUACAAGUGUUGGAAAUAGCAUUCUCAAUAGACAGGCUGGGGGCAAUUCUACUCUACAUUUAUCAGGCAUCUCAUGUACUGGAGCGACAAGAAAGGAUACUCAUAACACUGACAACACUAUGCAAAAUCCAGCUUUACAAGAUACAAAAAGUGAAUUGUCUGCAGUAUCUUGUUCUUCAAAACUAGGGCUGCCAGUCUACCAGGACACGAAAUGCACUAUUGGAAAUAUUUUACCAACACAUCAUGCAAAACCUUCUGCUUUGAAGAUGCCUUCACCUACUUUGGGAUUUUUUGGUCAGGCAAAGGCAUUUGGUGCUCAUAUACAGGCCCCUAAAUGUGCUCUGGAAGCAGGUUCUAGUAGUCAUGGAUCAAGUUCAGUAAAAGCAACUCGUUUGCCCCAAGUUCGAAAUUUGAGCAAUGGAUGCUUGCCACCUUCUGCAAAAAUAUCUAAACCUACAUCUGCAAUUGUUGGUGCUGUCACAUUUCAAAUAAGACCAUAUUCUAGUUAUAAGAACUCAACAGAGGCCGAUUUACCAAAGCCAAUUUUGGAAGCAAACGUACCAGGAAAAUUGAAGAUAGAGACACCAGUUGACCCUGAGGAACAAAUAAACAAUGAAAAUGAUGUUCGAAUAUUGAUGGAAACUCAUCUUGAAACUGGUAAUGUUCUCUCUGAAGAGAAGCACGGAAAUGACAAGAGUGUUGAUGAAACUAUGUUGACUGAUAAGUACCAACAUAAAAAUCGAAAGGUUGUGGAUACUGAUCAAAGUCUAAAACCUGUUGGAAGUCGAUCACCAAAUGAAGAGAAACAUCACGAUGAUGAGAACAGUUACAAGGAUCUCCUGAUUGACAAUGACAGUGGAGUGCAGAAUGAUAAACCUCUCCAUUUUGUGAACACUGGCAAUGACAGCAAGCAUGACAGUAUGGCCUUUCUGUGUUCAAGAUCGAAUCAAAUGUCAUCAAUUGGUUAUGAAGUCCUUAUAGAAAGCAUGCCUGUUGAAAUAUGUGACGCACAGUGUGGCUGUGAGAGUGCCAUAGGUAAGCCUCUAGCCAACAACCAAAGUAUGGCUUCUGGUUUGUCUCCUAAGAAGCCAAUUGAAAUAUGUAAUCCUAUAAUAGACAAAAAACGCCAAGAUUCAGAAGAGACACCUUUUAAUGGUUCCAUAGCUGUAGAUUCAGGGCAUGCUUCGGAGAGAAAGAAGUUACGCAGAAGUUCUGGUUCCACAUUUGAUGGGUGCCUUGAGGCAACAAGUAACGAAGUGGUUGAUAUGGUAACUGAACCAUCUGACUUUCAGGAAUAUGCUAAGAGCCUUUGCACCACAACUACUGGUGAAGGUACCACAAAUGAUGAUCAGGAAAAAAUAUCUGGGUUUGUCGCUAUCGAGGACAAGUCUUUACAGGAAAUUGAUCUUGAUAUAAUGCGGGAAAAUGGCUCCCAUUUAUGUCGGAAAUCUGCUGAAGACCUGCUUGUAUCUUUACCUGCUGAUUCACCAACCUCAGAAGAGCAAACUGUGGCAGAUAGAGGCAGCAUAGACAACAAGAUGAAUGAUGAGGUUGAACAAACUGCUCGUGCCUCUGAUAAUUCUGUAGAUAACAACAGCAUGCAGUAUAAAUGCAAAACAAUCAAUCAAGAUGUUCCUUUGCUUGGUUGUUCAUCCUCAUCUUUGCCUCAAGAUAUUGAAGUUGCAACACCUCAUACGGUUCAUGCUGUAGAUGAAGAAUUUGCCAAUAUUGAUUGUCAUGGCUCAACCAACGAGUGGAUUAAUUCAGAAAAGAACUUGCAUUCUGAAGAGGAAAUGGGUGAUUCUCAGCUGAGUCAUUUGAUGGUGGAUCCUCCCUCAGGUAUGACUGGGGAGCUUGCUUCCUGUGUUGAAAUCACACAGGCAGUUGACAGAGAAUGCUACAGAAGUGAUUAUGGUGCCAAUCAUACAAGUGAAAAGACACGAGAAUUUCCUACUUCAAGAGGAGAUUUUAAAGUUGUUGGCGAGGCAGCUCAAGGUGAUAUGGAGCACAGUACAUCAGCAGCACAAGGUCCUACAGUUUCAAACAAUCAGAUGUCUUUGGAUUGUGAAAAGCAAGAACCGGUGUCUAUAAAGUAUCCCGUUGAUGUGGUGCCUUUCUCGGAUGAAUGGAUAUCAGCUAUGGAGGCUGCUGGAUUGGAUGUUUUAAAGAAAAAAACAGGUGCCGUACAACACUCACCUCCAGAUAAAGCUCAACCAGAACCUGGGCCAUGGUCACCUGUGAAGCGUAAGAGCCAAGACGUGGGGCCUUUUGACUGUACAAAGUAUACUGUUCCUUUGUCCAACUCCACUACGGGCAACUGUGCUCACGAGUCCUCUGGCUAAGCGUCCGAAAUUGGUCGAACUGUGUGAACUUAUAUUGCGCUUCUUUCAGAUGAGACUGCCGAAUGCUCAUCCUUCAACAUGUGUAUAAUAGAAUCACUGGGUGGUGCACUAAUAAUUUCAUCACCACCCUUCCUCAUUUGAUUCUUAAAUCGAAUAUAAACCAAGAAGUUGAAGCUGUA